AUGAGAACUCACUCUAUUUCAAUGCCAUAUAUUGAUGAUGAACUUCAAAAUAGAUGGUUCGACUUUGGAGGAAAUACCAUCAUUAAUACCAAUCACCACAUUCGCUUAACUUCUACCAAGCAAUCUCAACUGGGUUACUUGUGGUCUCGUUUGCCCUUGAUUGGAGACAAUUUCCAAAUUGAAUUCGAAUUUAAAGUAGAAGGCAGUAGUGGACACCUUUACGGUGAUGGUUUUGCUAUGUGGCUCACAAAACAAAGAAUGACACCUGGACCUGUAUUCGGCUCAGUUGAUAGAUUUGAGGGUAUGGGUAUCUUUUUUGAUACCUAUGAUAAUGAACGAUCUCAUCGUCAUACCUUCCCCUAUGUUAUGGCUAUGCUUAACGAUGGUACUAAAUCUUAUGAUAAUGGUAAAGAUGGAAGUGACACUGAGUUGGCUGGCUGUGAGGCUGAUUUCAGAGCUAAAGGAUUCCCUACACGCGCCAGAUUCACUUAUCACAAAGGAAACUAUGUUCAAUUAGAGUUACAAUGGAGACAAGAGGAUGAAUGGGACCAAUGCUUCAAGAAACACAAUGUUGUUCUUCCUGAGCAAAUUUAUCUUGGUUUUAGUGCGCAUACGGGUGAAGUAACAGAUAAUCACGAUAUUAUUCAGGUCACUACCAAGUCUAUCCCUCCUGCAGUCAAAGAAGCUGCUCCUAGACAAGAAAAGGUCAAAAAGUCAUCUUCGUCAGGAGGUGUGUUGUCUGUUUUAUUCAAAAUGAUGUUGGCAGGAGGACUUGUAGGCAUUCUAUUUGUUGGUUAUCGUUAUUAUGAUCAGAAAAAUAGAAUGAAGAGAUUUUAA